AUGGACCCGUUAGCAUGGGGACGUGGCUGGUAUGCGCCGGUCAAAAAAUUACCUGAAAAUGUGUUGGCCCUACUUUUAGAGGUGCGUGAUAAAUCGCCUGAUGAACUUAUUUGGCCGCUACGCUUGGUCCUUAUCCUCCUUGGAUAUUCUACAGUAGCAAUUCCGGCUGCGGUUUUAAUUUAUUAUAUCAAAAAUAAUAAACAUGAAUUUGAAACACAUCGAUUCUCACUACGCCACUUCUUAAAGAUAUUUGCCAUUGGUAGUCCCGAAUAUCAAUUAUUGCCGUUGGGCGAGAAAAGUUCGAACAGAAAAAAUGACCAAAUACCUCAUAAUCAAAAGCAAUGCGUUCGGGUGUUUUUAAUUCUUCUUUUCUUUUUUGCGGGAAUACAGGUUACUCUUGUUACAAUGGGAUACCUACAAGAGAAAAUUAUAACAAAAUCAUAUAGUAGAGUGGACAAACCCGAAAUAGCGGAAAAAUUUGAAGAAAUGCAGUUUCUCAUUUUCUGCAACCGAAUAGUCGCGCUAUUAAUUAGUAUGAUUGUGCUAGGAAGGAAUUGGGCAAAUCAACCACCGCAUGUCCCUCCGUUGUAUGUGCACUCGUACACCUCGUUCUCAAACACAAUUUCUUCAUGGUGUCAGUAUGAAGCAUUGAAAUAUGUAUCAUUUCCAACACAAACCAUUUGCAAGGCUUCGAAGGUUGUAGCCACUAUGCUAAUGGGAAGAUUAGUGAGAGGUCAAAAAUACUCAUGGUUCGAAUACGGCUGUGGUAUAACAAUUGGAAUUGGAGCGAGCAUGUUUCUAAUCUCUUCUUCGAGCAAUCCUACUAAAAUUACGUAUACGUCGUUCUCUGGGAUGAUCUUAAUGGCUGGAUAUUUGCUAUUUGACGCGUUCACUUUGAAUUGGCAAAAGGUUCUUUUCGACACUAAACCAAAAGUUUCAAAAUAUCAAAUGAUGUUCGGAGUAAACUUCUUCUCUGCGAUUCUUUGUGUCGUUUCAUUUGUUGAGCAAGGCACCCUUUGGUCAUCGUUUAGGUUCGCAUUUGAGCAUUCAAACUUCGCACGAGAUGUCUUCUUCCUAUCAUUAUCCGGAGCUCUUGGCCAAAUCUUUAUUUAUUCGACAAUCGAAAAAUUUGGACCUAUCGCUUUUGCCGUAAUAAUGACAAUUCGUCAAAUGCUUUCGAUCGUGCUUUCAACUAUAAUGUACGGCCACGCUCUAUCGUUAUCGGCAUUUGUUGGAUUUUUAAUAGUUUUUGGAGCAAUCAUUACCGAUAUUUACGACAAGUACAAGAACAGACGAGCAAGUUCUACGUAA